AUGUCUGCAGAUGCAGCCAAGUCCCACCCACUGGUACAGGCACUGGUUCACCUCACUGCAGGGGCAGCAGGCGGGGUGGCAUGUGUGGUGAGCGGGCAGCCCUUUGACACAAUCAAGGUGAAGAUGCAGACCUUCCCCACCAUGUACCGGGGUUUCUUUGACUGCUCAGUCCGGACGUACCGGCAGGAAGGGCUGCCUGGGCUGUACCAGGGCACCACUCCAGCCCUGCUUGCUAACGUGGCAGAGAACGCAGUGCUCUUCGCUUGCUAUGGCUUCUGUCAGCAGCUGGUGAGGCAGCUGUUUGGACUGAGCAGUGUGCUGGAGCUGAGCGACCUGCAGAGUGCGCUUGCCGGCUCGUUCUCCUCCGUCUUUUCCUCUAUGGUGCUGUGCCCUGCGGAGCUGGUGAAAUGCCGCAUGCAGGCCUUACAUGAGAUGAAGGUCACUGGGCGAACAGCACUAGCACGUCACAGCUCUACCUGGGCUACUGUGAAAAAUAUCUUUCAAUCUGAGGGCCUGCUGGGAUUUUUCCAGGGCCUGACCAGUACUUGGCUACGGGAGGUGCCUGGCUACUUCUUCUUCUUUGGUGGCUAUGAAGUCAGUAGAAGCUUUUUCACCCAGGCUGGCCAGUGCAAGGAGGAUCUGGGUUCUCUUCCCCUAACAGUGAGCGGUGGGAUGGGGGGGGCCUGUUUCUGGCUGGCCGUCUAUCCCAUUGACUCAGUGAAGUCUCGGAUCCAGGUGCUUUCCAUGGCAGGGCGGCAAGAUGGCUUCCUGCUCUCCUUUCUUCACAUCUUGAGGACAGAAGGUUUCACGGCUCUUUACUGUGGACUGAUGCCCACAGUGAUACGUGCACUCCCCUCCAACGGUGCCCUCUUCCUAGCCUAUGAAAUGACGAGGAAAAAGCUAACUGGCCUGCUUGAUAGGACACCCUGA